AUGUCUGUCCUCGGCUCCCACGCCUCCAAGUCCAAGGUCGUUUCCGAGGGCAAUGAGCGCUUCAACGCCGACGCCGCGUCGUGGGACGCCAACCCUUUCGUCGCGGCCAUGUCCCUGGAGGCCUGGGCCGCCAUCCAGCGCUUCUGCCCGGCGCUGUUCCCCGCCGAUGCCCACGAUGCCGACAAGCGGCCAGACGUGCUCGAGAUUGGCUGCGGCACGGGCCUCCUGAGCCUCGAGAUGGCGCCCCGCUGCCGGCGCGUCGUCGCCGUCGACGCCGCCGAGGGCAUGAUCCAGGUCCUCGCGGCCAAGCUGGGAAAGCCCGGCGCGCCGCAAAACGUGGUGCCGCUGGCCAUCCUGCUCGAGGACCCCGAGGAUGAGCGUCUGCCGCCCGCCGGCGGCGGAGGAGCGCGGCUCAAGUACGACCUGAUCACGUCGCACAUGGCACUGCACCACAUUCCGGACCUGCGCUCCCUGCUGACCACCAUGCUGGGGUGCCUCAAGCCGGGCGGCAUGGUCGCGCUGACCGACUUUGAGGACUUUGGGCCCGAGGCGGAGAAGUUCCACCCCAAGGCCAAGAUGCCCGGCGUGGAACGGCACGGGAUCAACCGGCAGUGGAUGGAGGCUCUGCUGAAGGAGGUCGGCUUCACAGAUGUCAAGGUGUCUGUAGCAUGGGAUCACAGCAAGAUGGUGGAAAAGUUUACCGGGGAGUUCGGCGACGACGGCUCGCCAAAGGAAGGGCAGGGAGAGAUGAUGAAAUUCCCUUAUGUCAUUUGCAUGGGCAAGAAAGCAUAG